UAGCUUAGGAUGCUCUGUAAGAGGAUACUUCUAGGAUUGAUAAGGAGCACUGGAGCUUUUGUCUCUUGAUUGGUUGAUUCAUGCUUACAGAAGAGUUUCACACACUGUUAAUGAAGAAUCUGUUUCUUCUUCAAUUGAUUUCAAAACAGAGCAUCUUCUUAACAUAGUUUAAUAUCUAUAUUUUUCCCAAAUCAAUCCUUAAAAUAUGGCUUAUUUAUUUUUUUCUUUAAGAUUCUGUGUUAUUUUACAAUAAAUGUGAAGCUUUUAAAAAUAUAUAUAUAUAAUGAUGGGCUGAAGACUACAAGGACAGCUGAAGGGGGGAGAACAAUUCCUUGAUUAAAAACAAAGGAAUCCCAAACCAGCAGGAUGAGAUUCUGUGCCAAAUCAAUGCUUCUAUCUGACUGGCUUUUUCUGGUCUAUGUGUUAAUGGUCUGCUGUAAAUUGUUGUCCGCCUCUAGCCACCAUCCCCGGGGACACACAGGCCAGCACCAAGUCAAGCAAGGGACAUGCGAGGUUGUGGCAGUGCAUCGUUGCUGCAAUAAGAACCGGAUUGAGGAACGAUCGCAAACAGUCAAGUGCUCCUGCUUCCCGGGGCAGGUGGCUGGGACAACGCGGGCUCAGCCCUCGUGUGUGGAAGCUUCUAUUGUCCUGCAGAAGUGGUGGUGUCAUAUGAACCCCUGUUUGGAUGGAGAGGACUGUAAGGUGCUACCAGACUACUCAGGGUGGUCUUGCAGCAGUGGAAAUAAAGUCAAAACCACAAAGGUAACACGGUAGCAAAGAAUAAACCUGUGGGUCCUACUGGAACAAUGGUGUGUGCAACUGCAUCGCUUGGCUGUUAGACAGAGACCCUAUUUUGUGAGGGUGCUAUUGACUUCAUUCUUUGAACUUGCAAAAUGACUUAGUGAAAAGAACAACUCUUCUUUCAACCGUGGCUGCAGUUCCUGAAGCUGGAUUUUGCUAUACAGAACAAUGAAUGUUUAAUUUAGUGAGAAAACACAAGGAGAUUUGGUUCUACCUGAAAUGCACCUUGGAUUCUCCAGCUUCUGCCACCUGACAGCAUUUUGUAGAAGCACAAACCUGAACUUCUGCAGUACAUCAAGGACAAAACUUUCUUCGUGAUGCUGAGAUAUAUAAAAUUGCUCUAAAAGAGUUUAGAUUAUGAAAUUAACCUAGGAUACCAUAGAAAGAAAAUUCUUACGUUGGAACGAUUAUGGGUUUGUCUGAGGUACUUCUCACAGUACAGCAGAAAAAUACAAAGCUGAUCCCAGUGCUGACAGGGCAGUGUUAGUAAAUAACAUAUUAGUGUAUUUUCAGCUGUGAUUUAGUAACUAUCAAGGUUGUUGGAAAGUGAGAAGAUGGCACUUAUAAAUCAGCAAUGAUUAUAGUAUGGCAUACUUUGGUUAUAUCUCUGCAAUUGAAUUUAUUUCCUUAGGUAGUUAUAGGUACUUUAAUUUUUACAUUCACAAGUGAUGGCAGGGAAGCAUGAGGAAGAGACAAAAUUGGAAAGUAGAUAAAGCUUUUGCUGUCCUAAAAUAAAUCCAUUCUCUAGGGGAAUAGCAAAGUAUAUGUAUCCCUUGCCUCUUUGAAUCUAGAUGUGGAAACGAAUUUAGCCAUUAGCUAGAAAUAUGCAUUCAGAUGCCUCAAAAAAAAAAAGAUAGAAAAAAGAAAAAAAGUGAGCAUGCUUGUACUGCAUAAGGAGGGCUUACUGGAAGGAGGGUAAUUUGUUCGGAUUUUCAUAGCUUUGGUUAUAUCCUACUAGGUAACAUGCUUAAAAUUCAUGAGCAAAAAUUCUAGAUAAAAGUGAAUCUUCGCUUCCAAUUAGUUCUUGUUUAGACUGAUUAUUAUAAUUAAAUGUCCAGUUCUUUGACAGACUGAAUUUCCAAGUGAUUACAUUUUGUGACACAUAAUUGUUCCAUAUUAUUGUAGAUGCAUUUCAUACUGUUUUUCUUAUUUGCCUGUUGCAGUUUUUUGUCAUCAGUCUUCAUAAAUAGAACAGUAAGUAGAAGUGAAGCUGUAGCCAGGCUGAUCCCCAGUAUAUCAUUUUGGACUUAGGAUGCAUUACAACUGACUGAAAUGCAAUGAUGCAGAUGGAUAUCUUGCAGAUGAACUGCCGCUGACCCAGCUACUGAACUCAUUGUUAUGCUUUAUGUAAAUAUCAGGGGAACAAUGUAAAUCUAAUUUUUAUAUAGCUAGAAAAGAAAAAAAAGAAAAAGAAAAAAAAAAUAUGUUGUAUUAAUUUAGAUCAUUGUGCAUACGCUUUCAGCUUUGUGGGGAAGAUACCAUCAGCUGUGUGAAGCUGUUCAGAAUAAUGAUGUUUAGCUUUUCUAGCUUUUGAUUUGCUGGAGUGAGUGCAAGCUCUCAGCCAGAGAAUUCCACAGAAGUUAGUGGGGGAAGGUCUGGCCCUGUGUUCUUUUUCUUCUGAUUUCUCUGGUUUAGCCCACUUUUGGUUAUGCAUUUGAUGAAGCUGGGAUCAUGGUGGUCAUUGUACUUGGUGAUAAGUAAAAAAGAAAUGUUCUGCUCUAUCCUCGGACAGCUAAACAGUGAUUCUACCUAGCAGACUCUGCUUUCCCUAAUGAGUUCUGCAUUACUGGUAUUUUUCCAUUGUUUCUAUUUCCCAAUUAAGUUUUAAUAUUGCCUUUUCUCUUUCUAUUUUUUCUGUAUCUGACUAUUCAAGAGUAUCAUCUGUGAAAGUUGUUUUUCGUUUCCUGUUUGUACAAUGUUGGCCCCAAAUUGUUAUUUAUUUAUUUUGCUAAUUUCUGUAUAUAAAAGCUUAGUAAAAACCAUUGCUGAGGUGUUCUGAUCUAUGCGGAUAAAUGAGAAUUUCAGAGAAAAGUUACUACUUUUCUUUUUCUGAAUGUAAAUACAAAGAAAAAUUAUUUACCAGUGUUCAUAUGCUAGAUUUGUGGCAGAGCUGAGAAUUGACUCAAACCUUAUUACAUCUGAUUAAGCUUUUCUUGUGGGGAACAUAAAAGAGGUACGUGACGUGCCUUACAACACCCACCUGGAAGGGGCAUUCUGUGCCCUUGGGGAAAGGGAAAACUAGAGCAUAAGUUUGAUUGCAUGGGAUUAUGAAAUGCAGCCCACAUGAAUGACUUCCUUCCUAGAUCCUCCACUGAUGACAAAGAUUUUGUAUUUCUAAAGAAUCUUUGUUCCAGAGGAUCUUGGGAUGAUUUACAGCCUUUUCUG